CAAACAGUCACUUCGGCUGCCACGAGGAGGCUCACACAGAAUGCUUUGCUACGUACAGGAGGAAUCGCUUUGAUGCCUUCUGUUGCUCGUAGCGGUUUCCAUUCUUCUGUCAAAUCUUCACAACCUGCCGGAAAAGGAGAUCAAGUGAAUUCAUUCUCACCUUAUGCAGAAACAGCAGGAUCAAAUCCAGUAGAAAAGUAUGCUGAAAUUCAAGGACCUCUACACGACUACGGAAGUUACAUCACUUCUUGUUUACCAAAAUAUAUUCAACAAUUCAGCGUGGUUAAGGAUGAAUUAACACUUUAUAUCGCACCUCCAUCCGUUUUGCCCGUCUUGCAUUUCUUGCGUGACCAUACACAAACACAAUUCAAGGCAUUGAUGGACAUUAGCGGAGCAGACUACCCAACACGUUCGCAAAGAUUUGAAGUCGUUUACCAUCUCUUGAGCGUUCGCUUUAAUGCAAGAAUUCGUGUAAAGACAUAUGCCGACGAAGUGACGCCCGUUCCAUCUGCUUGUUCACUUUUCAGCAGUGCAGAUUGGUAUGAACGUGAAAUUUACGAUAUGUAUGGUGUCUUCUUUGCCGGUCAUCCUGAUUUACGUCGUCUAUUGACCGAUUACGGUUUUGAGGGGCACCCGUUGCGUAAAGAUUUCCCUUUGACCGGUUAUACAGAAGUUCGUUAUGAUGAAGAACGUAAACGUGUGGUUACCGAACCUCUACAACUCACUCAAGCUUUCCGUAACUUUGAAUCUUCUUCGCCUUGGGAACAAGUUGGUCAAGGUGAAUCAUACAGACCUGCAGAAUAUAAACUCACACCUCCAAAGCCAAAGGAAGAGGAAAAGAAGUAAACUAAUCGUAAAGGAGGCAAGAGAAGUGUUUGUAGUUGCAUGUAGAUCUAGUGAAUGAGAUUUCACAUUAUCAUUUGGAUGUCUUCUUGUGGAAGUGAUAUAAUUGUGGGAAUAAUUUACAUACAUACUUUGACAGAAUCUAUUACAGUACAAUUCAGAUACACGAAUCAAUCC